AUCAUACGCCUUCAACAUGAAGAGCAGUGUGGAAGAUGAGAACCUGAAAGGCAAGAUUAGUGAGGAUGACAAGAAAAAGGUCAUUGACAAGUGCAGGGAGGCCAUCACUUGGCUGGAGAACAAUCAGCUGGCUGAGAAGGAGGAAUAUGAACAUCAGCUGAAGGAGCUGGAGAAAGUGUGCAGCCCCAUUGUCACCAAGCUGUACCAGGGAGGGACACCAGCUGGGGGCUGUGGCAGUCAGGCUCGGUCAACUUCCGCGUCCAACUCUCAGGGCCCAACCAUCGAAGAGGUGGAUUAAACAUGGCGAUGUCUUACCUAUGGACUUGUAAAAUAUUUUCACAAAAAAUCUUAAUAUUAAAAAAAAGAGACCUAAUUUGAAUGUUUUUUUUUUAUUUCAGUCCCACAUGGAAGAUACCAUGAAAUGUAUUACAGCAUUAACUUGUGUUCACUGUAAUGGUGCCAAAUGUACUUUUAGAUGGGUGGGAAGUAAAAAAGUGACCAACUGAAUGUUUUAGUUUUAGUUCAUUGC